GACUAAUUUUCUUUCUGUACAAGGUAACAGAAAUAGAUAUUAAAAGCUUUGCUGGCGCUUUUAUGCCUCUGUUGUGCUACACUUCGCUCCGAUUUUUAUUUCCGCCAGGGUUCACCGAAGCCGUCGAAAUUUCAUCACAACCCGCACGCUAUUCUAAGAUUUACGAACGAGUCAAUAAUUAGAGGGGUCGACGUUCCUUUCGUAUUCUAUAACGAAUCGAUCGGGUUAUUAUGCGCGCCAUUUAUUUCUAUAGGGACUGGUCGCGGGGCGUUAGCACUUCCUCGUAGGCUUCACCAUGGCGACGAUGACGCCGGGCCAGGUCGCAUUGAUCCUCCCCGAACAGGUCGACAGAUAUAGUAACGACUGCCCAAGCAGUCGACACGCCAUUCGUAUCGUGGUUUUGAGAUUCGGAUCUAUUCGAGACCUGAUCCCCAACUUCAAAAUCUAUCUGCAAUCACGUUUGGCUCGAUCGCUCGGGGAAUAAUAAAUGUGAUUAGCGAGAAAUUCCACGAAGAACUGGGAGAAAUCUUCUGACCUCUAUUGCCUGCGAAACGGACGUCUUGGGAAAAAUGUCUCUUAAUUCUGAUGACGAUUGAAACACACAGGGUGACAAAUAUGUUCUGAAUACACGAAGAAAUUUCAAUCGUACCAUGACGGAGCACAGAGGCACGUCCUUCUUUCAUUCAUGCGUGAAGACGCCUGUGGAUCCUUGUAGCCGUCAACCAACCCCUUCCUACGAACGUCCUCAGCUAUCAUCCGGAAGCCGAAGAUCAGAAAAAAUAAAGAAGAUCAACUUUGCCGAGGGUGAACCAACUGCCGCUGAGAAUUCAGAGUCGUCGAGUCCACGUGAUACUCUAGAAAAUUUUCUCGAAUUCCUGAAGAGCAUACCGGACUACGGACAGGUGCAUCACCUGUCGAAUGAGCAAUUCAGGCAGAAAGUCGAGUACUUGAGAAGGAAGCAACGGUUGCUCCUGCAGAAUCUGAGGAACUCGUUGGACGAUGCGGACAAACCGCCCUCGCGAUUGUCAAUCGCGAGAAACGAAGGUCCGAAAUUGAAAGAUGCUAAGUCGGGUGAUCUCAUCAGCGAUCUCACAUUGAACGGUAAAAAAUGCUACCUCGAGGAAUCCAGGACCAGCAGCCCGAUAUUGUUCCCGUCUGGCAGUUUCGCCGGUCUCGCCGAGGAUCAGGAUCUGCUGACAUACAGAUGUAGAGGCAAGGACAAAGAGGCGAAGACAAUGCGUAAUAAAGAAAUACUCGCGGCCAACAAGAGCUGGACCACGUGGAGUGAGUCGAAGAGCGACGAUAGCGCGAACAGCGAUGGCGAGGACAGCAUCGAGACAAAGAGUUUACCGCCGAAUAGUUCAAAAGACUGGCACCCAACGGUGCCCAAGCCGUUCAGUUUCACUCUGAGGGAAGAGGCGGAAAAGUAUAUGACGGAAGUGGAGACGGCCGAGCAUGCGAAUGAAGAUAACGGAAAGAAAAGUCCUUCGAAAAAACGGCGAAUCAGACCGAUUCCGAUCACGUCCAAAAUACCACUAUAUGACAAGUUGAUGGCCGAGAAAGAGGAAAGAAGUCGUAUCGUGCGUGAGGAGAGCAUGCUGAAUCUGCUGUCGCAGGUACGACCUUUCAAGCUGGAGUGCGACCGUCGUGCUUGGCGAUCCAUGGCGAGGUCCAGUCCUGAGCUCUGUUCGAGCAAGAGCAGUUCUUCGCGUUUCAAGGCCAAGCCGGUGCCGCGAAACCUGUUCGGCACCGAGGUUUACGACCGUAUGCUCGAGGAUGAAUAUUAUAGACAGCUAAGGAAAAGGGUGAGAGCCGCCGAGAUGCUGAAGUCUUCUUCCUUGCCGCCAUCGAUGGCCAGGCGUGAACGUGUGAAGUCCGCAUGUGCACACUUAGAGGAUGUGGCACCUGACAAGGAUGAGGACGAGUCCGUCACCCCGGUGACGACAUCCGACAGAGCCAGGUCCGCGAUGACGUCCAUGUUGUCCUCCCGUGGGAACAACCUGGCUGCGAUUCUGAGAUGUCAGGCCUCACGAGAGAAACUGGAGCGCGACAUACGGGAACGGAUGGACGAGAAGCGGCGAGAACAGAUGUUGAAGAUCAGGGAGUCGUUGAUCGGCCGGAAGCCCGCGUGGAGGGCCCUGAGAUCGGCCGCGAGGCACGAGCACGACAGGGACCUGGACAUGAGGACGUCUCUUCGUCGCGACGAGGCGCGGGAGCAGGCCGAGCGUCAUCGGCUGCAGAUGGAAAUGAUGCUGGAUCGCGUAACGCAAAUACCGACUCUCUUCGAACGACAUUCUCAGAGCUUUCAAUCGCUCCUGAAAGCGCAACAGAAGGCACAACAGAAGGCUUUGUCGAAGAGUACUCACACCCGAAAGAAAAAAAAGAAGAAAAAGAAGCAGCAACAGCAGCAGCCGAAGAGGUCCACGUCAAGCAGUUUAGACUCGUAUCUGAGCUUUGUUAGUAACUCUAGACCGAAUUCCGGAUCGUUAGUCAGUUCUUCCGGCACUCUGAUCUCCUCGAGCCAGUCAUCGUCGAAAUCAUCACGCGAUUCCUCCGACAAGUCGGCAAUUAAGUCAGAAACCUCGGCAUCGAAGAGGAAGGCUGAUCGCGGCCCGCUGAAAGUAUCGAUCAACGAAACGGCAGAAUUGAUCGAGGAUUGCAACGAGAAAUCCUCCAGCAGCGAUGAACGAUCUCGCAGUGAUGACGUCACUGCUGAGGAACGCUCAAACUGAUAAUUCUAAUUAUCGCCAAAUUAUCUUGAACAUCAGAUUCCUAGAUUAUAUAAUUGCAAUCGGAUAAGUGUAAUUACGCCAACUAGAUACGCUAAUUAGGUAAAUUUCGAUCAAAGUUCAGUUUAAAAUUGUCUAAAGACCAAGUUUUUUUAGCUCUAUUUAGAUCUAUUACGUCUUUCAAUUACAUUUCUUUCUGAUACUUUCUUAUUAAU